AGAACCUACAUGAUCCAUAUCUAAAAGCUAAUUUCCUGUCUCUGUCCGCCCUAUUGCUCAACAGACUUUGCUCAAUUUCAAAAAAUGCGGAUCCCUACGAUUUGUUUUUUAUUUCUUCUUAUCUCGUUAUCAAAAUCGCUUCAUAUUGGCUCAUGUCUUGGCUUAAUAUGUGGAAGAAAUGGUCACUGCCAUGCUGGACCUGUCAAUGGAACUCAAACUUCUUAUUGGUGCAGAUGCGAUGAAGGAUUUGGUGGUGAAUAUUGUGAACAACAGUGUGAUGUUUCAAAAUGUGGAGCCGAUGAGAAAUGUGUUUUUGACAAAGAUUAUCGGAUGGAGACCUGUGUCUGUAAAGAUUGCGACAUUAACGGAAACAGUCUACUAAAACCAAGCUGUCCAUCCGGUUACGGAGGAGACGACUGUAAGACACAAGGAUGGUGUUACCCGUCUGUCUGUAUGAAUGGUGGACAGUGUAUUGGAGCUGGAAAUCGAGCAAAAUGUGCAUGUCCAGAUGGAUUUAAGGGGGAGAGAUGCGAACUUGAUGUCAAUGAAUGUGAAGAGAACAAAAAUGCAUGUGGAAAUAGGAGUACUUGUAUGAAUACGCUCGGUACAUACAUUUGCGUGUGUCCCCAAGGAUUCCUUCCUCCGGAUUGUCUAAAACCUGGGAACACAUCGACCGUCGAAUUCAAGCAACCAGUUUGUUUUCUAGAAAUCUCAGCAGAUCAUCCAGAUGGACGAAGUAUGUACUGUCAAAAUGGUGGAUUUUGUGAUAAGGCCUCGUCGAAAUGCCAGUGUCCACCUGGAUACCAUGGAAGUACUUGUGAGUUGUUGGAGAAGGAAGAUUCAUGUGCAUCAAAUCCUUGUUCUCAUGGAGUUUGUAUUUCAUUUUCUGGAGGAUUUCAAUGUAUUUGUGAUGAUGGAUAUAGUGGAUCUUAUUGUCAAGAAGGAAAGGAUAAUUGUGUGAAUAAUAAAUGCGAAGCUGGAUCAAAAUGUAUCAAUGGAGUGAAUUCAUAUUUCUGUGAUUGCCCACCAGAGAGAACCGGACCAUAUUGUGAAAAGAUGGAUUGUUCUGCAAUUCCAGAUAUUUGCAAUCAUGGAACCUGCAUUGAUAGUCCUCUAUCUGAAAAAGCUUUCGAGUGUCAAUGUGAACCAGGUUAUGAGGGAAUUCUCUGUGAACAGGAUAAAAACGAAUGCCUUUCGGAAAACAUGUGCCUGAAUAAUGGGACAUGUGUCAAUCUGCCAGGCUCAUUUCGAUGCGAUUGUGCACGUGGAUUCGGUGGGAAAUGGUGUGACGAGCCAUUGAAUAUGUGUCAAGAUUUUCACUGUGAGAAUGAUGGAACUUGUAUGCACACUUCUGAUCACUCACCCGUAUGUCAGUGUAAAAACGGAUUUAUUGGAAAACGAUGUGAAAAGGAAUGUCCAAUCGGAUUCGGAGGUGUUCGGUGUGAUCUUCGAUUGGAAAUUGGAAUAUGCUCACGACAAGGUGGAAAGUGUUUCAAUGGAGGAAAAUGUCUUAGCGGAUUCUGUGUUUGUCCACCUGAUUUUACUGGAAAUCAGUGUGAAGUCAACAGAAAAAAUGGGAAAAGCUCGUUAUCAGAGAACCUGUGUCUAUCGGAUCCAUGUAUGAACAAUGCCACGUGUAUCGAUGUAGAUGCCCAUAUUGGAUAUGCAUGUAUAUGUAAACAAGGAUUCGAAGGAGAUAUUUGUGAAAGACAUAAAGAUCUUUGUCUCGAGAAUCCAUGCUCCAAUGGAGGAGUUUGCCAUCAACAUCGUGAGUCAUUCUCAUGCGAUUGCCCGCCAGGGUUCUAUGGAAAUGGUUGUGAACAGGAAAAAAUGUUCCGCUGUCUCAAGAGCACUUGCCAAAACGGAGGAGUUUGUAUUAAUGAAGAAGAGAAGGGAAGAAAAUGUGAAUGUUCAUAUGGAUUUAGUGGAGCCAGGUGUGAAGAAAAAAUCAAUUUGACUGGGUUUACCGAGAAAGACAGCCUUCUGCGAUCAGUUUGCGAGAAAAGAAAAUGCUCCGAGAGAGCUAACGAUGGAAACUGUGAUGCUGACUGCAACUAUGCUGCAUGUAAAUUCGACGGAGGUGACUGUUCAGGAAAACGGGAACCAUUUUCCAAGUGUCGAUAUGGAAAUAUGUGUGCUGAUUUUUUUGCAAAUGGAGUUUGUAAUCAAGCUUGUAACAAUGAAGAAUGUCUUUACGAUGGAAUGGAUUGUUUACCUGCAGUUGUUAGAUGUCCAGUUAAGAUUCGAGAACAUUGUGCUUCAAGAUUUGCAAAUGGAAUCUGUGAUCCAGAAUGUAAUACAAAUGGAUGUGGUUUUGAUGGUGGUGAUUGUGAUAAUGAAACGAAUGCCACAAUUAUCACAAAUAUUCGAAUCACAGUUCAAAUGGAUCCUAAAGAAUUUCAAGUAACCGGAGGUCAAUCACUUAUGGAGAUUAGUUCAGCUCUUCGUGUAACUGUCCGAAUUCAAAGAGAUGAAGAAGGACCUCUCGUGUUUCAAUGGAAUGGGGAAUCUGAAAUGGAUCGAGUCAAAAUGAAUGAGAGACAGCUCACCGAGCAACAUGUUCUUUCCACAUCAAUUUCCAGAAAAAUCAAGAGAAGUGCAACGAAUAUUGGAGUUGUCGUCUAUUUGGAAGUUCAAGAGAAUUGUGAUACAGGAAAAUGUCUCUACAAGGAUGCUCAAAGUGUUGUUGACUCAAUAUCUGCAAGGCUUGCAAAGAAGGGAAUCGAUUCUUUUGGUAUUCCAAUCUCAGAAGCUCUUGUCGCAGAGCCAAGAAAAUCUGGAAACAAUACAGGAUUCUUAUCAUGGAAUGCUCUUCUUCUAAUUGGUGCUGGAUGUCUGAUUGUUAUGGUUGUUCUGAUGUUAGGAGCAUUACCUGGAAAUCGGACAAGGAAACGUCGAAUGAUCAACGCCUCUGUCUGGAUGCCACCUAUGGAGAAUGAGGAGAAGAAUCGGAAAAACCAUCAAUCAAUAACUUCAAGUCAGCAUUCACUUCUGGAAGCUUCUUAUGAUGGUUAUAUCAAAAGGCAAAGAAAUGAACUGCAACACUAUUCCUUGUAUCCAAAUCCUCAAGGAUACGGGAAUGGAAAUGAUUUCCUUGGUGAUUUCAACCAUACCAAUCUUCAAAUUCCAACUGAACCUGAACCUGAAAGCCCCAUCAAACUACACACAGAAGCUGCAGGAAGCUAUGCAAUUACUGAGCCUAUUACUAGGGAAUCCGUGAAUAUUAUUGAUCCAAGGCACAAUAGAACGGUUUUGCAUUGGAUUGCAUCGAAUUCCUCAGCCGAAAAGUCAGAAGAUUUGAUUGUACAUGAAGCUAAAGAAUGUAUUGCGGCAGGAGCCGAUGUGAAUGCUAUGGAUUGCGACGAGAACACCCCAUUGAUGCUGGCUGUUCUUGCAAGAAGACGACGGCUUGUGGCUUAUCUGAUGAAAGCUGGAGCCGAUCCAACCAUCUACAAUAAAUCUGAACGAAGUGCUCUUCAUCAAGCGGCUGCAAAUCGAGAUUUUGGAAUGAUGGUCUACAUGUUGAAUAGUACAAAAUUGAAGGGAGAUAUCGAAGAACUUGAUAGAAACGGAAUGACAGCCCUGAUGAUUGUAGCACAUAAUGAGGGAAGAGAUCAAGUUGCAUCUGCAAAGUUACUCGUUGAAAAAGGAGCAAAAGUUGAUUAUGAUGGAGCUGCGAGAAAAGAUUCAGAAAAGUAUAAAGGCAGAACGGCACUUCACUAUGCUGCCCAAGUGAGUAAUAUGCCAAUUGUGAAGUAUUUGGUUGGAGAGAAAGGAUCCAAUAAGGAUAAGCAAGAUGAAGAUGGAAAGACGCCGAUUAUGUUAGCUGCACAGGAAGGACGUAUUGAAGUUGUGAUGUAUUUGAUUCAGCAAGGGGCUAGUGUUGAAGCGGUUGAUGCUACGGAUCAUACGGCUCGUCAACUCGCUCAAGCAAAUAACCAUCACAAUAUUGUUGAUAUUUUUGAUAGAUGUCGUCCAGAACGAGAAUAUUCAAUGGAUCUUCACAUCCAACAUACCCAUCAACCACAACCUUCAAGAAAAGUAACUCGAGCUCCGAAGAAACAGACAAGUCGAAGCAAAAAAGAGUCAGCUUCCAAUUCUCGAGACUCAACUCAUCUGACACCUCCACCAUCGGAUGGAUCAACGUCAACACCGUCACCACAGCAUUUUAUGAAUACCACUCAUACUACACCGACGAGUUUGAACUAUUUGAGCCCAGAAUAUCAAACUGAAGCUGGAAGCUCAGAAGCGUUCCAACCACAAUGUGGAGCAUUUGGAAAUGGCGAAAUGUGGUAUACAAGAGCUUCAACAUCGUACACCCAAAUGCAGAAUGAACCAAUGACGCGAUACUCCGAACCAGCUCAUUAUUUUUGAAUCUUCUGAACAAUCGUCAUUUAUUAUUUAAAUUCCUUAUUUUCUAGAGCUAUACGGGUUUCCAUCUAAAUUUUGCAUAAGACUUGAUGUUCUUUUUUUUGUUGCAUUUCUUGAUUGUAUAUGGGCUUACGGGUUGAAAUGUUUUGUUGAAUGUUACAUUAAUAAAAAUUAGUGAAUAAUU